AUGUUGGAAGACAAGUACAUCGGCCUGGCUUUGGCCAUGGCAUCCAGUCUAGCCAUCGCUCCAGUGGUCAUUGGUGAGAUCUGCAACUUUGCCGCCUAUGCCUUUGCUCCCGCCAUUCUCGUCACGCCCCUCGGCGCUCUCAGUGUCAUUGUCGGCGCCGUCUUGAGCUCGUAUUUCCUCGACGAGAUUCUCGGCACGUUGGGCAAGCUCGGCAGUGCCAUCUGCCUGAUCGGCGCCGUCAUCAUUGUGCUGCACGCACCGCCAGACGAGGACAUUUCCACCAUUGACGAGAUUCUGCACGACGCCAUCCAGCCCGGCUUCCUUAUCUACUCCUUCACCGUCACCGUCUAUUCCGUCAUUGCCAUUUACAAGCUCGCCCCCGUCUACGGCAAGCGGAACCCUCUAAUUUACCUGAGCAUCUGCUCGCUCGUCGGCUCCAUCUCUGUCAUGGCCAUCAAGGCCUUUGGCAUUGCCCUGAAGCUCACCUUCUCCGGAAACAACCAAUUCACCCACCCGUCCACCUAUGUCUUUAUGAUUAUCACCGCUGUGUGCAUCUUGACGCAGAUGAACUACUUCAACAAGGCCCUCAGCCAGUUCCCCACCAAUAUUGUCAACCCCCUCUACUACGUCACUUUCUCAACUGCCACACUCUGCGCGUCCUUUAUCCUCUUCAGCGGCUUCAACACCACCGAUACGAUUAACACUCUGUCCCUCAUCUCCGGCUUCCUCGUCACAUUUGCCGGUGUCUACCUGCUCAACCUGUCGCGCACCGACCCCAACGGCACCCGCCUUGCCGGUCGCAACGGCUCGGACGUCAUGGGCACCGACAUGGUCUCCUCCCUCCAGACCCGCAUCAGCAUGGAGACCCGCCGCAGCUUCGGCCCCGGCCAUCGCCACAGCAUCAGCGGCAGCAGCAACGCCGCCGACCGCCAGGGCUUAAUACGCGCCUACGACGACGAAGAGGCCGGAUUCGGCCUGGCCGACCUCGCCGAGGACACGGAUGAGGACAACCCGCUGCCCAUGUCGCCGAAUGCCCCCAACGGCGGCGCCAGCAACGGGCACGCGUCCAAGACCAACAAAAAGACAGCCGGCGUACGAAGCGUAUCCGAUCAGUCCAAGCCGGGUCGGUGA